AUGAAUAUAACAAGCACUGUUAGAAAGAAAGCAAUGUUAUUACAUUACAUUGGGGAAGAAGUCAACGACAUAUUCAAGACCUUAGAGGUACAAGCAGCUGAUGAAAACGAAGAUGUAUUUACGAAAGCAGAAAAGGCGUUAAAGAACUAUUUCACCCCGCAGAAGAAUCUUGAAUUUGAAGUCUACAAAUUUCGACACGCCAAGCAACUACCGGGAGAAAACAUUUCUGCAUAUUUUACUAGAUUAAAGCAAUUGGCAAAGUACUGUGAAUUUCAUGACGAGAAAAGAGAAAUAAAGACCCAGAUAGAUCAGAAUGGUAUUUCGUCGAAGCUUCGAAGGAAAGCCUUGCCAGACCCUGAAAUAACGUUGGAGAAACUUAUUCAGAUCGUGAAGUCUAUGGAGCUGUCCGAAGUUCAAGCAGAUGGCAUCGAAAGUGCAAAUCAACUCACAAAGAAACUGGCCGCCGUGAAAUUAAUCAACAGCGGAACGAAAGCCAAUCGAAGUUGA